AUGCAAGACCCGCCAACUCCCCGCCUCUCACAAGUCCUCUCACAGCCUGCGACACCCCUGAGUGCGUCGGGAACAGGCAUCUAUGUCCGAAGUCUGUGGUUCAAGACGAAUGACGGUCUCACGCACUAUAUACCCGUAUCCCUCAUGAUGUACCGCGUCGACCUCCUCAAACGCAUAUUCACGCUCCCUCAAGCCCCGGACAGUACGGAGGGCCAAACUGAAGAUAAUGCUGUCAACGUACACAUGCUCGACGGCGCACAGCUUGCAGCCAUUGUUGAUUACUUCUGGGACCGCCGUGGCGCGCUUACGGGGAACAUGCCUGCGCUACGCCUCCUCUUGCACAUGGGUGAGGUUUGGGAUUGCGCCGAGAUCUCAAGAUUUGCCAAGGACGAGCUCCCCAACUGUCAAGACUGGUCCCUCGCACUGCAAUUCACGCUCGGUGCUCGAUACCAUGUAGAGACGUGGGUCACAGAAGCCUUCCGCUACUUCCUCUGGAAGCGUCGCGGAGAGCUGACAGAGGCCGAGCGCACCGAGCUCGGUGUGACGAACCUCCUGCGUCUCGACAAGGCCUACGACGAGAUCCUAGACUACCGCGCGUCCAUCGCGUUUCGUCCACUCCCUUUCGAGUCAGGUGCAGAAUGCACAGGAUCCAUUAGCUGCCGCGUCAAUUGGUACGAGAUGUGGAGCAAUAUGGGACCGCGCCUACUGUUCCACCCACGCGACAGUAUAGUGCUUGCCAGCAUUCUCCCAGCGCUCCAAGACCCGGCCGGCCGCGAGAGUCUCGGUUCCUGUGAUGGGUGUUUUGAAGCAACCGUGCAAAGUUGCAUCACAGGUCAGGUUUUUGAGAAGGAGGAGAUGAUCAUCGCGGACUAUCUUCGUCUUUACUAG